CAACGCGAACACGGGGGGCAACGAACACACCGGGGCACCCGCCGGAGAUUCCCAAUCACGCUGAAUUUGAGAUGGGCUUCAGUGUUGCCGUUGCGAGUCUAUUUUCUGGCAUUCAAUCGUCAACAUAGGCACAAUCCGCGAAUUCGGCGCAACCUGGCCUCAGCCAAAACCAACACUCACUCUUCGCGGUGAUGGAGCGGCCCCAGUCCUCCAUCCCCGUGCGGAGCUCUGGGAUCCCCAGGCCAGCUUCACGGUUGCCAGUGCCCAAGCCCGCCGGUGCUAAAUCUCAGCUCCGGUCUACAUCAUCCACGGAACAGCUGCGCAAGAAACCGUCUCUCAAUUCCAUUGGCAGACCGACACCGACUUCCUCCACCUCCACGCUGCAGAAAAAGCCCUCACGAACAUCCCUCGCUCGCCCUACCUCAUCCUCCACCACUGGUGCAGCGGGUGUGGGAUCAAUCCCAACAUCUACCGUUACCAGGAAUGGUCCUAGCGACACCCAAGUACGGGCACCGACGAAACCCGCGUCCGAAAGACCCCAUGGACGAAAUGUGCCACCGUCGUCAAGACAUGCAUCUCAUUCUUCUUCGAUCACACAGAGUACAGAAAAGGACGGGGAUGGGCUGGGAGAUUUGGAUGUAUUGCAGGAGGAUGCGGUAGGCGCUGGACUGGCGAGGGGUGACAACCCAUCCACUCCGAUAUCAAAAAGACCCCCUCCAUCAUUGGCCGACCGGACCAUGGAAAGCCUGGCCUUUGUUCAGACGUCUUCGCCAGCAGGAAAGAGUAGACGGACAUCAACUUUCUUCGCUACAGACAAGUCAAUGCCGCCACCUAGGCGUCCUGCAGGGAGCAUAGCCGAAGGGCAACGGCCGCGCUCGAGUGACGGUACUCCGCGUGGGCCAUUGACACCCCGUAGGACCGCUGCUAUUGGGCCGGGCGGAGCAAUGACGACUCCAGGCAAAAGAAGUGUCAGUGAAACAACUCCUACAACCACUCCAGGUAGGACACCAUCCAUGGUGCGGCAGCUCUCGCAAAUAAGGAGAAACCCCAACUCCCAAUCGCCGAGUAUCAUAAGCGUCUCUAAAACGAAAACUCUCAAAAGCAAGCCUUCCCUAGAUGGAACUUUUGGCGCAGCAAUAUCGCCGCCGGGAACUGCUGUUACUGUAUCUCCCUCGCCCCGUCGCGCAAAUGGGGCUCCUAUUGGCAGUCCGGACAACGUUCGGAGCGUGUCCAAUUCCUCCGCCGCGUUUCGUGAACAGAUCGCGAAGGCCAAGGCAGCGCGUCUUGCAAAACCAUCGUCAGAACAUACAGCAGAGGCAUCCAAGAAGACGUCUAACUCUUCUGCUGCGCUGCGGGAACAGAUCACCAAGGCAAAGGAAGCUGCCCGACGGGCUCAUACGGCCAAUCGCAUUGGUAGAACAACACCGCUCAAGGAAGUACCUGCUGUCACCCAGAACGAUUUCGGAAUUGAGCCGGACCCUGCUGAAAUCGCCGAGUUCGACUUCGGCUUGGAAGACCCUUUCAAUCAACGUUCCAAAGGGAGCAAAUCUUUGCUUCGAAAGCGUAUCGACGCAGCACGUGUUGGUGGCAAGCUCAACAUUGCUGCCAUGGGCCUGAAGGAGAUUCCGGACGAAGUGUUGACGAUGUACAAGUACGACCCAAAUGAUGACAGCGUUGCGUGGGGAGAAGCUGUUGACCUCAUCACGAUCAUCGCGGCCGACAAUGAGCUUGCUACGCUUCCAGAUCGAAUGUUUCCUGAUGUAGACAUGGACCUCGAGGCUUUGAUGGACUCGGAUGAGGAUGGGCCUCAAUUUGGAGGUGUGCAAAGCCUAGAUUUUCACGGUAAUCAUCUCCUCCAACUACCGUCUGGGCUGAGGCGCCUCACACAACUGACGAAGCUCAACCUCUCCCGUAACCAGCUUCCUAUUGCGACUUUUGAGCUGAUAACCCAGAUCAUCACACUGCGGGAACUAAAACUUGCCGACAAUGUGCUGCAGGGAGCGCUACCCGCAAGCUUAGGUGCUCUGACCCAGCUAGAAGUUCUGGAAUUGCAGGGAAAUAAGAUCACCAGUCUUCCCGCAGAGAUAGGGGAACUCGUACACCUUCGAACUUUGAACGUGGCGAACAACGACUUAAGGGAACUGCCAUCGGAGCUCUUCACCUCCGUCCCGCUGAUCGAGCUAAUGGCAAGCAAGAAUGCUUUGAGCGGAGCGCUCUUUACUGUCGAGAGUAUCCCCACAUUACAGCACCUACACCUUGCGCACAACUCCAUCUCGUCUCUUUGCAGCGGUGAAACACUCGACCUCCCGGCCUUGAAGACUCUGGAUCUUUCCGCGAACCGGUUGACUGCGCUGCCCGACAUGACGCCCUGGACAAGUCUCGACCAGCUCUUGGUUGGAGAGAACAAGCUGGAAGCGCUUCCGACAGGAUUCGUGACUUUGAAGCACCUUCGCACGGCUGAUUUUACUGCAAACAAUAUACACAAGCUCGACGAACAAGUGGCACUUAUGGACCGGUUGGAAUCUCUAACGCUGGCUGCCAAUCCGCUUUGUGAACGAAAGUUCCUUACCAUGAACACAGAAGAUCUCAAACGGGACCUCCUUUCUCGUCUUGAGGUUGAUGUCACUAACACUGCGGAGAGCGAGUGUGUCGCUGUCGACGACCCACCCCCCAAUAAUGGUUGGGUAUUGAGACCAUCCGGGAUAUUGGACCUAUCGUUCCAGAACCUCACUGAUAUUGACGAACAAAUGCUCAUUGAGUUUGCAAAGGCCAAUGAUAUACGUCAGAUAUCCCUGCAGCAAAACUACUUCCAGUUUAUCCCUGCUGUCUUCUCACAACUCGAUCACCUUUCAGUUUUAGACCUCUCCAAGAACAACAUUGAGGAGCCUUUUCAGAAGAGCAUUGAAUUUCCGAAGCUGCGAGAGUUACGGCUCACCGGUAACAAGAUGCAGUCACUCGAGUCCAUGACGACUUACCUUUCGGCGCCUCUGCUCCAGCAUCUCGACGUCUCGAAUAACCAUAUUUCCGGUGCCCUCCCCUCUCUGGUCACCAGUUUUCCAGGCUUGACUGUCCUCCUUGCUUCUAACAAUGCAAUCACGGAGGUGCAGGCAGAUUCGCUCAAAGGUCUCAAGAUAGCAAAUCUGAGCAACAACGAGAUCUCCCGUUUGGACCCUGAGAUUGGCCUUUUGUCUGGCAGUCUGACGAGCUUUGAAGUCGAGGGCAAUACAUUCCGGGUGCCAAACUACGCUGUGUUGAGGAAAGGCACAGAAGCCGUGCUGGCGUGGUUGAGGGAUAAAAUUCCCGCGCCCGUGGAAGCGUCCGAAGGGGUCGAUACGGAGGAGUUUUAGUUCGUGAUAGACUGGGCAGGGAAUUCCUUCUUCACUGUAUAUUGUGGCGUGCGUUUGUAAGACUUUAAUCGGUAUGUAUAUUGUUCGGAUAAUACAUAUAGGCUCAGUCCUAUUGCCGUGGCUAUUCCUUUUCCUUGGGGUGCAAGAAAUGGAAUUGUACAUUGGAUUUAAACUUUCUCCUCUCUCACUGCUGUCCCGUCUCCGCUGCA